AUGUUCUUAAUAGUAAUAGAAAUAAAUUAAUUUUUGUGAAGCAAUUUCAUAUAUAAAGCAAUAUCAUUACAUCAUAAUAUAUUACAGAAUAUACUUGGAAACACUGACAGACAAAUAUGGGGCAGCACAUCACAUUACGUUUAGUGAUUUUUGUUAUCUACGUGCAAUCAGUUACUCCUGGUGGCCCUUCUCCUACUACUCCUCCUCCUGCUCCUACCUCUGUUGUUUAUACAGAUUCAACUACUAAUCCCCCUCCUGCUCCUACUCUUGUUCCUACUACUACUCGAACGCCUACUCCUAACCGAGUUUGCACCCGACCAAAACAAAUUCACGUACAAAAAUUGGUUGAAGCAAGAAAUGCUGGCAAAUAUCCAAGGGCAGCUAUAAGAAAAGCCAUGGUUAAGUCCAGCAGAACGAGCAAACACCUCCUCCGUAUUGGAAGAGUUCAUGGACACGGUUCUUGUCAGACAUACAGACACAGAACUGAUGCUGCAAGAUCUUUUGACACACCUGUUUCAUCUAGAAGUAUUCCUUUCUGGCAAUAUACGUGCCCAAAAUACACAAAGUACUUUUACUUUCCGAGAUCCAUCGUAUACAAUAGACAAAAAUGCUGGAUGGUUGCUCCAUGGUAUUUUUUACGAUGUCCCUACGCUGCCUGCCUAUCUAGUGGUUGUCGAGGAGUACAGGCCUCCAAUCAAGGAAUCUCGGCAUGCAGACAGACUGAAUGGAGGUCAAUCUAUUAUACAAUUUGGUGCUCAAAGUUUGGUUUGGUACAAAGAUAUAUCAAAUUGCCGCAAUGGUGUGCAUGUAUGCGACUGACAUGUCCAUAGUUUCAAGCACUGCCUACUCCGCCAUGAAAACCAACUGACAGAUAUCUUUCAAAGAUAUUUCUGGGAUUAAAGAUUAAAUUUAUAUAAACUA